AUGCCAGUACUUACUUCUCCAAGAGGAAAGGUAGAAGUUGUUCGUUGUCGAAGAACAGAAUCGCAGGAUAUUUAUUGUAUCAAAAACCUCAUUAGAAAAUUUACCCAGAAGCUGUUUGGGAGGCUUAAUAUCAUCUAUCUUCUAGAAAAAGCAAACCUUGCCAUCACUCUCCACAAUGACAAGGAAGAGAUCAUGGCCCAGGCCACCUUCCUGGACUAUCCCAACUGGAAUGUUGCCAAGGAGGACGACUGGGUGUCAGUGUUUCGGGAGCUCGACAGCGAUAUCCCUUGCACACCUCUGAAUACGUUAUUUAUGCACCUCUUUGUGGCCGUGGAUGAGUAUUCCGUCGACUGCUGCAAAGAGAUUAUUCUAACCGUGUUUAAGGCAGUGCCAGAGCUGCACUUCAUAUUUCUCAUAGUGCCAUCCUACAUGAGCCUAGGCUCGACCCUCGUAACUGUUUUUGACCAAGUGGGGAACGUUCCAUGUCUAACACACUCAGAGGACUUCGCAGUGCACGUAUGUCACAGGCACAACCACUACCCUCAGCUGCACAUUCGCAAAGCCAGGGUGGAAGAUCACGAUGACCUCAUGCCAGUAUUUAUGCACUACGACACAACAGUUCUGAAGGAAACUUAUGGCGAAUACUUCCUGGCUGAACUAAUAGAGGCCCAAGACGAAGAGAACCAUGCUGUUGUGUGUGAGGUGGAAGGCUUAGCUGUCGGGUUCAUGAGCGUGUGCUCAAGAGUGAACACGGAACUGCUGCAUGCCUGCUUUGACUUGGGGCCUUUCCACGGACUCUGUUUCCCACAUCCCGAUGAUGUUCUGGAAUCACCGCAAGAGCUAAAUGUCCAAGGAAGUCAAGAUGCUAAGCUCAGGAGUGGCAGCCAGAGUUCGCAAAAAACAAUCGAGGAGCCACAGGAACCUGUCGCUCCAGAGGCCACGGAAAGCACCCAGGAAAAAAUCACAGGAGAAGCUGCAUUUGAGGAACCUUUACCAGCUGCCCAAAAUGGAACUAUUAUUGAAACGGAGGACGUAGAAAAACACAAUCAUGUUUCCCCUGUGCUGGAUCACCACGUCAGCAGUGGGACCUCAGUGUCGAUCUCACUGCCGGAAGAGCACAGCCACUUCCGCCCCAUCUACAAGGGAGCCUCAGCCGCUUUCUGUAUCCAGCUGUUUUGUAUUGAAGAGAAAUAUGAAGCAAGGUCGCUGGAUUUUAUGGAUUUUGUUUUCAGUCUCUUUCCUGGCAAGAACUUCUGCAUAAUUUCUGUGCCCCAUCUCACCCCUGAGUUUGUCCUCAUCCAGAACUUCGUCAAGAUGGUCCCCUUCCCUGACUGCACCCUCAAUCAGGAGCUCUACGUCUUCCAUCGGGCUGGAUUGCUCAAGUCCAUUAAUAUAAGAUUAGCCACUCUCUCGGAUACUCCUGGCGUAGAAAAUCUCGUCAGCACCCUCAUGCUGAAGAGAAGCAUACUGGAGGAUUUAACGCAAUACAACAAGGCUCGCAGAGACCCUGAUGGAACACCACUGCAGGCAUUUGUAGCCGAAGUUGCAGAACAAAUAGUUGGCAUUGCAGUGAUCAGAAAUGAAAUGGACAUAGAGUUCAUACGAUCCCAUUACAAUAUCGAAGAUUUCAUCUACUUCGGUCACCACCAGCGCGAAGAACACGGGCACUUGUGUCACUUUGUCCUCAACCCCAUUUUCCGGCACUAUACCAAGUUUUUUCUGAAGGAGAUCCUUCGUUUAGGCUACAAGUCCUGUCUUUACUACCCUGUUUAUCCCAGAGGCAUGGAAGGCAAGUUCCAGAACCCCUACGCCCACUCCCUGACAUCUGCCCUUCAUUACUUGGUUCCCGUGCGACCACGACGACAGAUUGUCUAUCCUCUGGAAAAGCUUGGCAUAAACGCUCCAUCAAAGGCGGUCUCCAAGGAGGAGAUAGGUUAUGCCUUAAACCAUACAAACAGAAAACUAACGUUGGAACCUAAAAUAACUGUCAGUGCCAAGAUUGUUGUGGUUGGUGCAUCCAGUGUUGGAAUUUCCUUCCUAGAGACAUUGGUAUUUUGCUCUCACCUGAAGUUUGAUAAUCUCAUCCUGAUUUCAACUCAUGGACUCCCUGGAAAAAACCUUCUGGGUGCUGAACAAAGGAAGUUUUUAGCAACUGACCACUGUUUUAAUGAUAAAGAUUAUGCAUUGAUGUCACUGUGCUCCUGGGUUAAUGUUGUGGUUGGUAGAAUGACUGGCAUAGACCGGGCAGCCAAGCACGUCGUGCUUUCCAAGGGGGAAAUCGUGCUCUAUGACCACCUCAUCCUCUGUACCGGGCAGCAGUACCAGGUCCCAUGCCCUGCAGGGGCUGAUAUUAGUCAACACCCGACAAACAGAGAGGUUGCAAACGGCAGUAAGCGGCGGUACACUGGGAAAGUUCCUUGCAAUCAUUUCACCCUCAAUGACGAGGAGGACUGCUGUAAGGCACUGACUUGGAUAAGGAACAACUCCAUCACCACAGAAGGGAAUGUCAUUGUCUAUGGGAAUACAAUCGAUACUUACACCACCAUGGAAACGCUCUUAAACAUUGGCGUGAAGGGCUCCUGCAUCUUCCUCGUGCAGCCCCCGCCUACCUCCACCGUCACCUGCAUCAACAACUACUCAGUGGAGAGCGCAGUGGAGGAUUCACUCAAAGCAGCUGGGGUGACCAUUUACCGAGAUGCGAUCUUGGCCCAGUGGAAUGAUGGCCUGAACCCCGACCCCAUUCACAGCGCCAGCUUCACCACGCCCACCAAGCCUUUCCGACUUCAGUGCUCUAUGUUCUUCAGCUUCUGUGAGAAGAAUGUGGAUUACGAAACCUUUAAAGCAUUGAAUGACGCAUGUCUUGUCUAUGAUGGUCGACUCGUGAUUGAUACCAGCUUCCACACCAACGAUACAGCUAUCAGAGCUGCUGGCUCCCUCACCAAAUUCUCCAAUAGAUAUUACGCAAACGACUGGACUCACAGCAACUUCAAUUCCAAAGAAAUUGGCUUUCAGCUGGCAGCGGCUAUGCUCAAUCUUUUUGAUCCAAGCCUUGAGCCUGUGACUGAGCCGCCCGCUGAUCUUGACCGGCUCAUCCCCAUGUACAAGGGUGCCAAGAUCCAAGGAGGCAUUCUUCCUGGCUCUUACCAUUACCUGCAUAUUGCCAAGCCUGCCAUCCCAUGUCCCUUGGCGAUACUAAUGGCACAGCCUAAUUUCGGUUUAGAAAUAGUAACAGGUAGUGCGGAAAAUGGGACCUACUUCCGAAUUCACAUUAACAAGUAUAACAUGGUGGAAACUAUCACGUGCCUCUCUAAGGAGCCUUUUCCUGUCUCCAACUACAUCCGCUUGUUUGGGCAGCACGAGCAACUCCUCAACAACCUAUGUGCUCGGUAUAAUGACAAUCUGAUCCCAGAUCUCUACAGCUACUUCACGGAGCCGUGGUGCAUGGCCCUCUUCCACGAUCGUUUUAUUGAUCUCAGGAAAGAGUUACACCAAAUCUUAGCCUCCAAGGAGGAGGAAGACCUUCCUUCCAUAGAACAGCUGGUCCAUCAGAUAGAAAAUGGAGAAAUAAACCUGACGGAGAAGCCCAGGACGUACCUCAAAAGAGUUUUCCAGGACACCAUCUACAAACCCCUGGUGGAGAGGAGCAUCCUGAACUACCUGCAGUAUAACCAUUACCACCUGCCCAUGUACGCGUGGCCAGGCAUAAUUUAG